UUAUUCUCUCAAUAUUUCACCACGUUCUCUAUGUUUUAAUCGAAUAUUCCAAGCACGCAUAUUUAUUUGCUUCGUUCUUUGAUUGAUUUGUCGUUUACAUAACUUUCCUUUGAUCCGUUGGCCCUCUAGUAAAUAGUAAUGUAAUUGUUUCUUGUGAGUAUGCCUAUUUUGUUCGAGUAUGAAUAUAUGUGUGACUGUCAUGUUUGACAUGUUGGGUUGGUGUUACAUGACAGGUCUCAUUUUUGUUUGCCAAUGCCAUUGCAUGUAUCAUGUUAGUAGUGUAGGGUAUGUUUAGUUAGUCGCGUAUGAUAUCUCCAUUUGUUCAAGUAUGAGUAUAUGUGUGAUUGUCGUGUUUGAUAUGUUGGGUUGGUGCUAUAUGAUAGCUCUCAUUUUUGUUUGCCCAUACCACUCUGUGUAUCAUGUUAGUAGUGUAGGGUAUGUUUGGUCACGUAUGAUAUCUCAAUUUCUAUUUUUCGUCUAUUCUUGUGUGUGUCUAUUAUAAACUUGGUUGGCAUCUUUGCUCUAGGUAGCUUGGUUGACAUGUCUCGUAGUCGAGGAGUUUCUAUGGAGUCGUCGAGUAGAGUUGUUGAUUUAGAUAGUGGUGAUGUUCCUAUUGGGGUGCCUUGUAGUCGUGGGGCUCCCAGCAUGGCUGACUGCUCUGGGGCACCUGACUACCUGGCUGGUAACGGGGUGGAUAGCGAUGAUAUGAUUGAUGGGGGUCGCCCUAAUCACAUCAUACUUAAGAAGAAUGAAUCAUCAUUGGUGACGUUGGCUAACUUGCAAGAGAUCUGGGCGUUAUAUGACAUACCGGACUGGGUGAGCUUGCAUUCUCCUUCAGGCCUUGAGCGAGCUGAUUGGGUUUUACCUGGGUGGACCUGCAUGUAUGUUCAGAUGUUUAAAGACGGGUGUCGUCUUCCACUUCCUAGAUUGAUUGUCGAGAUGUGUGACUACCAUAAGAUUCCUCCUGGUCAGUUGAUGCCGACUGCCUGGCGCGUUUUGAUGGCUUUGCAGGUGUUUGGGGAAAUUUACAACAUUGAUAUUACAUUGGUUGAGGUGUUAGAAACUUACCAUCUAACAUCUAAUUCAGGUGAUAUUGGUCGGUACAUGUUGAAGGUUAGGGGUAACAAGUCACCUUUGAUCUUGGGUGUGGACACCUUGCAUACAAGGUGGAAAAAGAAGUAUUUCUUUGUACCUUGUGAAGCUUUGGGUUUGGUUGAUGGGUCUGAGAUAUCUUAUGCUUGGAGUUCUGCUAAUCUGAAAAACUUUCCUUAUCCUACUGUCUGGUUGGAUGUCAAGGAGAGACUUAAGAAAAUCUUGAGCUAUCCUGAGGAGGCUCGUGAUUGGCGGGUUAUCUUGUCUGACGAUAAUUUGAGGCAAAGUUCGCUGUGGAGGGGCACUUCCUUUACUUCAGAAGUAGAGGAACGGGCUUUUGCAGCACGUGUCAUGUCGAAGUCUUAUCGGUUUGAGAUGAAGGGGCCAGAUGCUGCGUAGGAGAAGAUGCGUGCGGGAAGGAAGAAGAAGAAGGUGACCGAGGCCUCUAGUGACCUCGAGGUCAGCAAGACAGUCAUUCCGAUCAGCGCUUUGCUUGUUAUUCCGGUCUCUACUUCGCCGGUUCGAAAGGGCAAGGAAAGGAGGCGUGACGACGAUGAUGAUGCUGAUUGGGCUAGUGACUCUAUUCGUCUUACCUUUCCGUUUGAUGCUUCUGCAUAUGAGGAUGUCCGCCCGUUCCGCAAGGAGUUGGGCAAGUUACUUUGGCCAGAGGAUCGCAAUGCCUUGGUUGGAUUGAAGUCUGGCGCCCCUGAUGCCACUAUCGACCAUAUCUUUCUGGGUUUGCAGGGCGUGCUUCAUUUGUCGGAGAGGAUCCGAGAGCUGGAGAAGAGUGUGAAGAAACUUCGAGCUGAGCGGGUUGAUUUGGAUGACAUAUUGAGGAGUCGUGAUGAAGAGAUUGCACGUUUGAAGGUAGAGCUGCAGACUCAGCUUGAUGUUGGGCGCUUAGCGGGUGAUCGGGCGAAGACUUUGGCGGAGCAGCUUGAGGCCGUUAACUCUACGGUUUCAUUUCUGACAGAGAAGUUUGAUUUUGUCGGUACUGAGGGGGAGGUCCAGGCUAGGGCCCAA